AUGAUAACUGUCUACAUUAUUGCGGUGGUUCUGGGCAUGGAAAUGAUUCACUGCAUACUCAAAUUGAUUUAUGAAGUCAAAAAACGAAAAGCAUCGAAAAAGGAAAUGCCAGUACUUCUCGCUGAUCGAGACUCCCUGGGAAAGGACACUGUCUAUCGCAAGACAAUUGAAAGCACAUUGCCCAGACUGGAAAAAUCAAACAAAUUAGCGAGCAAAAGACUUGAUAUUCCCAUUUCGAAAAUGAAAAACGACACACUGGAAUCAAUGAUUGGCUCCACUCACGCAAAAAGAGAGCUAAGCAAAUUACCUAGAAGCAACUUUGAAGAUUCAAUCACAGGCAAAUCAGUCACUGCAUCAAGAAGGAAGCAAGCAGAUCACAAGGGAUUUUUGAACGUGCAAAAAUCAAAAAUAUUACGACCCGGACAAGUUUCCAAUCAACAGCCAAAAAAGUGA